UUGCUUUUGGAAUUUUGAUACCUUGUCUGGUGUUCCCGCGCUUGCUUGGGAAUAGUGCGGGAUAAGUUCACAGAGCGCUCAGACGCGGGAGACUGUACUUGCUGCUGACUGAGGAUGCUAACAGUAUGUGUCAUUUUUGUCAAUGUAGAUGACAGUGAAGUUACCUGGGUAAACUGUCCCCUGGCCACUGCGUGCGCACUGCCUGACGGAGGAGCAACUGUGUUAAUGCCUAGACCCCUUGACUAACAGAUCAGCCAGUCGCUCGAUGGGGAGCAACGGUGGAGCCCCUUCCCGUGUCAGCGUCCCACCUCUCCGCAGCCACAGGAACCACGUCAGCUCCUCCUGGGUCAUGAUGAUGAAACUGGUAUUAACUGAAUGGCAAUUAUGGAUUUUUAACUCUAAUUCACAGUAAUCCAACAAGCCAUAUGCUCAGAAUCCAACCAAAUAUCGUUCUGUUUUGCUGCGAGCCACAUCCAAUUGUGAGAAGUUUUACAAAGAGGAAUAUAAGUAUUACUUGCCAGGAACGCAACGGAAGCAGAAAGAGAAGACGUCUUAAUUUAUCCUUAAAGAUAUAUGAUAGUGUUAUUUAUAUAGGUAGAGUAAAUAAAUACAUAUAUUUUUUGGUGGUGAUGAGAAUGGCUCCGCAGAAUGCCGACUCGGAAUCUAUGCAAGUUCAGGAGCUGCCGGUGCCCCUGCCGGAGCUGCAGAAGGCCGCCGGUGCCGACACCGAGCCACGUGACGAGACAGUCAGCGAGGGCUCCAUUGACCGCAUCCCUGUGCGCCUGUGGGUCAUGCAUGGGGCUGUGAUGUUCGGCAGGGAGUUCUGCUAUGCCAUGGAGACAGCCUUGGUCACGCCAAUCCUGCUACAGAUUGGCCUCCCGGAGCAGUACUACAGUCUCACCUGGUUCCUGAGCCCCAUCCUCGGCCUCAUCUUCACGCCCCUCAUCGGCUCCGCAAGUGACCGGUGCACCCUGAGCUGGGGCCGCCGGCGGCCUUUCAUCCUGGCCCUGUGCGUGGGUGUGCUCUUUGGUGUGGCACUUUUCCUCAACGGCUCUGCCAUCGGCCUGUUCCUCGGGGACGUCCCCGGCCGGCAGCCCAUUGGCAUCGUGCUCACAGUGCUGGGCGUGGUGGUCCUGGACUUCAGUGCUGACGCGACCGAGGGGCCUAUUCGUGCCUACCUGCUAGACGUGGUGGACAGUGAGGAGCAGGACAUGGCCCUCAACAUUCACGCCUUCUCUGCUGGCCUCGGUGGGGCCAUCGGCUACGUGCUGGGGGGCCUGGACUGGACGCAGACCUUCUUGGGCUCCUGGUUCCGGACGCAGAACCAGGUGCUGUUCUUCUUUGCGGCCAUUGUGUUCACGGUAUCGGUGGCCCUGCACCUGUUCAGCAUCGAGGAGGAGCAGUACAGCCCCCAGCAGGAGCGCAGCGUGGAGACCGCCCUGCCCCCCGCCCCCCGCCCCAGCCUCCUGGACAGCGGUGCCCCGUUCCCUGACGAGGUGCAGUCAGAGCAUGAGCUGGCCCUGGACUACCUGGAUGUGGACCUGGUGCGGAGCAAGAGCGACUCAGUGCUGCAUGUGCCAGACGCCGCGCUGGACCUGGAGUCUGAGCUGCUGUUCCUGCACGACAUCGAGCCCUCCAUCUUCCAUGAUGCCUCCAGCCCUGGCACGCCCCGCAGCACCAGCCAGGACCUUGCCACAGCCAGGCUGCCUCAUUUGUCCUCACUGCUCAGGGACACCACCAAAGAGGAUGCCAUGCUGCUGGAUAACCAUGUGAACGAAGCCAAAGUCCCCAAUGGCAGUGGCUCCCCUCCAAGAGACGGCCCACACAGCUGCAUCGCGGUGGACCUGAAGCCCUUGCCUACGUCCAGCGCCAUGCGGCGGCGCAGGCAUGGGUUCCGCCGGCAGGCCUCCAGCACCUUCUCCUACUACGGCAAGAUCGGCUCCCACCGCUACCGCCACCGGCGGGCCAACGCUGUGGUCCUGAUCAAGCCCUCGCGCAGCAUGAGCGACCUGUACGACCUGCAGAAGCGGCAGCGGCAGCGGAGCCGACACCGCAACCAGAGCGGGGCCACCAACUCUAGCGGGGACACUGAGAGCGAGGAAGGCGAGGGCGAGACCACUGUGCGGCUGCUGUGGCUGUCCAUGCUGAAGAUGCCCCGCGAGCUAAUGCGGCUCUGCCUCUGCCACCUGCUCACCUGGUUCUCCGUCAUCGCUGAGGCCGUCUUCUACACCGACUUCAUGGGCCAGGUCAUCUUUGAGGGGGACCCCAAGGCUCCCUCUAACUCAACUGCCUGGCAGGCCUACAAUGCUGGCGUGAAGAUGGGUUGCUGGGGCCUGGUCAUCUACGCAGCUACUGGUGCAAUUUGCUCAGCUCUGCUCCAGAAGUACUUGGACAACUAUGACCUGAGCAUCCGUGUCAUCUACGUGCUGGGGACGCUGGGCUUCUCCGUCGGCACAGCUGUGAUGGCUAUGUUUGCUAACGUCUACGUCGCCAUGAUCAUGAUCAGCACCAUGGGCGUCGUGUCCAUGAGCAUCUCCUACUGCCCCUACGCCCUGCUCGGGCAGUACCACGACAUCAAGCAGUACAUUCACCACAGCCCCGGGAACUCCAAGCGCGGCUUUGGCAUAGACUGCGCCAUCCUCUCCUGCCAGGUCUACAUCUCCCAGAUCCUGGUGGCGUCUGCCCUCGGGGGCGUGGUCGACGCUGUGGGAACUGUGCGUGUCAUCCCCAUGGUGGCCUCUGUGGGCUCUUUCCUGGGCUUCCUGACGGCCACGUUCCUGGUGAUCUACCCGGAGGUAUCAGAAGAGGCCAAGGAGGAGCAGAAAGGCCUGUCUUCCCAGCCGCCUGGUGAGGGCAGCAGUGAGAAACCCACUGUCCUGAGGCUGUCCCGCAAGGAGGGCCUGCAGGGGCCUGUGGAGACGGAGUCCAUGGUCUGAGGCGCUCCCGUGCCCACACAUUCCCGCGGGGCCUGCGCGCAGGCUGGGGCUGCUGCUCCGGUGGCCAUACAAGCCCAAGUUGCUUCUCAGAUGGAGUGGAGACUCGGUUGUAGGGUAGGUUUGAGCCACGAGGCAAAAACACCACACUAUUAACUUUUCUCACAAUUAAAAAAUCAUUUGAAAUCUUUUUUUUUAAUUGAAAAAGAUCUUUUAAUUUCAACUUUAUUUUUUAUUCUGCAGCAUAUUAUUCUGCAUGUUUUGAAUUGUAAACCAGGUUUACAAUAUAGACCAUAAGCAACUUAGAAAAAAAUAAGAUUUUGCUUUUCUAAAGUAUAGUGGAAAACAAGUACCUGACCCCCUUUGCUGCGUCUUGUCUGACCGCUUCAGAUGAUAGUCAUGUUGUCAGUGACUAAACAUUUUUACCAGAUUUUUUCUCUGGACACCUACAGUGUUGGGACGUCUGUCAGGCGCCAUCACGUGCUGGUGCUGCAGCUCUGGGAGAGUAUUUUCCUUUACAAUUACUUUAGAAAAAAUUUUCCAAAUCCUUUUUUUAGACUAACAGCACCUCUCCUCAGAGAGUUGGGCAGCGGGCAGUGUGGCAGCUGCACCCCAGAACUGGGAGGAGGCAGGGCCCAUGCUCCUUGUGGGCGGAGCAGGGCGGGGUCACCAGCUGGGUGGCAUUUGGGCCAGUGGGCGCACGUCCAUGCCCAGGCUCUAGGCAAGGGCGCAGCUCUCUCGUUGCACUUUGUCUUGCAACCAGCAGCUGGGAAAUGAUGGCCGCGGGGGACCCCCAGCCCCACCGCCUUGUUUGGGGCACAGCCCGGCCUGCCACCAUACUGGACACUGCUGAACCCUCUGACCUCUCUGCCGGGUCUCCCCGCUUGAUGCUGGAGUCACAACGGUUGCACGGUGAGGAAAGUGUCUGUCUGGACAGACGGCCCCUUUGCCGAUGGCCGGUGCCCUGGUUCUGUGUCAGCACAGAAGCUCCCUGGGUUCUGGGAAAGAACAGUCGCCUCGUGCUGCAGCUGUUUGGAGUGGUUUUCAGACCAGUCUCUACAGCAGGUGGUUUCUGUGUGUAUUCGGACCAGCAGUCUCAGGAGGGGGAGGCCUCCCUGUGUCCCCCGGAUAGAGUAACAGUUGUAAUACUUUGCUGCCUCAAGUUGAUGUUUUUUUUAAAUAAAGUACUUUAAAGUGCAUGAGAAUCAUGCUGCAAUAUGAUCAUUCUAAAGCAAAUAUAUAUUUCAAGAUGAAACUAAGCAGUUUUGAAAUAAAUUACUUGAAUUUUC